AUGGCAAUAGCCCGUUUUGUGAAAUGCGCAAACCUUUUCCAAGCAAAUGUCCUUGUCUUUCUUGCUUGGUUCGUCGCCAUCGAUCAGCUCGAGGAGAAAGCCGAUAGGUUUCCCUUCUUCCGUAACCAGUGCCAGAAAACCGGGACCGAUAGACUUGCAUUAUACCUCCCUGUAGACGCCAACCUUGCCCUUGAAACAGUCUUCGUACAUUUGCAUCUUGUACAGUACUUUGCCGAACACCGGGGCCCGAGCUUGCCAGUCUUCGGUGACGCAUCGCGACCCUGGAAGCCCGUUGACCGCUACGCCGUCGGUAAGCUGCUAGGCCACCUGUUCAUCAUAGAGCUGGAGCACCACCUUGAUGAUGCCGAGGUCAUCGCCAGCCUCGUCGAUCUGGACGUGAUUGAUCCGGGCGGCAAAUCAGUGGAUUCAAGGAUGAAUAGGUCGACGCAGAAUGCUUCAGUGGAAACGCUCUGA